UGACGCCCAAUUUAUUACGAACCAAUGCAAAUGAUGGAAAUAUUAAUGUGGGAAAUUGCCGAGGAAAUGAAAUGUAAAAGUUCAACUCAACUCCCACCAAAUGUGAGCGCCUCACAAUGCAUUUGACAAUAGUGUCUGUCAGCCUGUCAGUCACAGACUUAUGUACUGCUCUGAGCUCGAUUAGACUGGUCUGACACAUUUGAAGCCUCUGCUGGAUGAGAUGUUAUUUAAAGCUCCGUCGUGUGCAGAUAAUAUCAUGAUAAGUGACUGGAUCGUGCGUCAUUCUGUUUUUGUGUAAAAAUGUGUUUGAAUCAGAUUUAACUUGUAACAAAUGUAUGAAUCCUCAGUUGCCACUGCUGGAUAAAUCAAUCAGUUCCUUUGCGGAAUAUCAUAAAUGUGCCACGGAUCAUUUGGAUCAUUUUAUUUGUUGUUCACCUUGUGCUUCACGAGCAUGAUUGUGAUAAGAGAAAUCCCACGUACUGUGAGCCUCCACAUCAACGGUACGCACGCAUACACGGAGUUAUAGAGCGGAACAGAACGCUGUGAUAAAAAUAAUCAUUGCAGCUUCAGUAGAAUUUUCUGGAGCCAAACUAUCUCCGCACCAUCUGUAACCUUGGACUUCACUGGAACUAAAAGCAGCGCGGAUAAAAUGUAAAAAAAAAAAAAAAAAAAGAAGCCCGGGACUGUCUGUAAUAUGGUGGGAAGCGCACACUUUAUUUAUCAUGUUCAAAUUCUUUGGAACAUUUUGACCCUUUUCAAAACCCGUCAUACGUUUCAUCCAGAUUUGGUUGAUUCCUAAAACAAAACAAGCCGACCGGUGGCUUGCGUUAACCUUUAACUAUGAGUUAAAAAAAGACCCUCGUGUGUGAAAAAAACAAAAACAAAAAAAAAAAAACCUCAACGAAGUAGAUUCAUAGAGGAAAUGCCUAAUCAUGAAUAAUUCAGCAAAUACUAGGCUUAUUCUGGCCAAUCACACUGCGGUUAUGAUAAUCACCAGUUGGCGGCAGCCACACGACCACUUGCUGUGCGUGUCAACAGUAUUCCUUUCCCAGCCUGACGCUUGCGAGCGGCACAGCUGCUAUGUAUAGUACAGCUCUAUUUUCAGAGCAGGCAGACAGGACGCAAUGGAACGCUCUCAAAUCUUGACUUUUGUGUCCGGUCCUGGAGAAAAACGCCUACUUGAUACCCAAGUCUGAAGAGGGACUUUCAGGAAGUGUAACCCGUCAGGGAGGUCAUGGAAUUGCUCAAGGGCACUAAUGUCAAUCAGGACGUCCAGGCCGAGACCGCAGUCCAUGAGUGUGAGCACCAGGCAGGCUGGGUGAGGGUGAAGGUGGAGGCCAGUUGUUUCACCGUGGAGCGGGCCAUGUUGGCCAAGUGCAGCGACUACUUCUUUGCUCUUUUUCAAUCUGGAAUGAAAGAAAGUGACCAGGAGGAACUUCACCUGAAGGGGGGGCUGCACGCCCGGGGCUUUUUGAUCGCGCUGUCCGUCUGCAGGGGAGAGACCCCAGCCAUGACCGACCCAGAGGAGCUGACCGAUGCCGUGGAGUGCGCCGCCUUCCUGCAGGUGCCGCGCCUGAUCCAAUACCUGUGCGACAUCAUUGAUUCGGAAAACUGCCUCCUGCUUUACCACACGGCCUCCGUGUUCGGGGUUCACCAGCUGUUCCACAACGCGGCACUCUUCCUCUGCGAUUCCUUUGAGGAUUUAAAGGACGCGGCCGAAAGCAGCAUUUCCGAAGACCUGAUCCGAUACUCCAAACUACAGUCUCCCAACUCCUAUAUCGCCCUGGGCACGCACUCGCCGUCCAUGGAGCUGCUUCAAGACUCCUUCAGAUUUGUUUGCUAUCUCGACGAGAAAGCAGGGGAGUGGAAACACCUGACGGACCUCCCCACUUUCUGCAGCACCUCACGGGCGGGAGUGGCGGUGCUCGACAAUCGACUGUAUAUCGUAGGCGGAGUUCACGGUUACGCCAAGGACACAGUGGACAGCAGUUACAGCUACAACCCCGACACAGGGGUUUGGACCGUUCUACCUGGACCGCUGCAGCCCAGACACAACUUCACUCUGAUUGGACACGAGGGCAGACUCUACGCCAUCGGGGGUGAGUUCAAGAACCGGACCAUUUCCACGGCCGAAUGUUACGACGCAGAGAAGGGGGAGUGGACGUUUAUACAUCAUGCCCCGAGGCCGGUGUCGUCUGCGGCGUGCGCUGUUGCGAGGAGGAGGUUGUUUGUUUGUUUCUGGAAACCGCCGGACACGACAGAUAUCUACGAGUACGUGGCCAACGAGGACGUGUGGACACUGACAACCACGAUGAUUAAAAGCCAGAGCUACGGCCACUGCAUGGUAGCCCACAGGGACAAUUUGUACGUGAUGCGCAACGGGCCGUGCGAUGACUUCCUGCGCUGCCUGAUAGACUGCUACAACAUUACAACGGGCCAGUGGACGGCGCUGAACGGACACUACAUAAACAGCAAAGGGUCACUGUUCACGGCCGCGGUCAGGGGCGACUCGGCGUUCACAGUCAAACACAUGCUAACUCUGGAAUACGCUAUCGGCGUAGACGGAUGGAAGCCCCGCAGGCAGAUGAAGGGAUUUCCAAAGAGCGGCUCACUGUGGACGUGUUUACUCAGGCUUCCCAAGACGGGGCCGGUUCGACCACAGCUGGAUUCAGAGGGGAAGGAAGAAGACGAAGAAACGACUUUGCCAGACGCAUCUGAGGGAUUUGCGGAAGCCGUCCCACAACUGUGAAAUUACGGCACGACUGAAAAACAGCGUGCUGUUUUUGAGGUUUUCAAAGCUAUGAGUACACAAGAGGC